AGCGCCAGCCUGGUUCAGGAAAUCGUCCCGUCCCUUCUUUGAUCGCCAUGCCCUCCAAGCGCAGGAACAACGGCCGCUCCAAGCACGGCCGCGGGCACACGGCCAUCGUGCGCUGCUCCAAUUGCGCCCGCUGCGUGCCGAAGGACAAGGCCGUGAAACGCUUCCAGGUGAGGAACAUGGUGGACGCCUCCUCCCAGCGAGACUUGCGCGAGGCCAGCGUGUACCAGACCUUCAUGCUCCCCAAGCUCUACAUGAAGAUGCUCUACUGCGUGUCCUGCGCGAUCCACGGCCGCGUGGUGCGGGUGCGCAACAAGGUGCUGCGCGCCAGCCCCGAAGGUCGUAUCUACAAGCCCCCCAUGGGCAAGGGCGGCGGCAAGGGCAACUGAUCACGCCAGCAUGGCAGCAGCGGGAGGGAGGGAGGAAC